AGUACACUAAUGGCUGAACUCACGACCAUGAAGUUUGAUGGGUCGCGUAGUAUGCAAAAUCAUAUCAUCGAGAUGACUAACAUUGCAGCAAGACUUCAGACCUUGGGGAUGAAAGUGGAUGAUUCAUUCUUAGUUCAGUUUAUUCUGAACUUGUUACCUCCUAAGUAUGGACCUUUUCAAAUUAACUAUAACACUAUUAAGGAUAAGUGGAAUGUUAGUGAAUUGUCCAGUAUGCUUACUCAGGAGGAGUCAAGACUUAAGAAACAAGGGAAUCAUUCAAUUAACCUCAUGGUUCAAGGAGCUGGUAAAGGACUUAAAGUGAAGGCCAACAAGUUCAAGAAGAAGAAAGCACCUGCUAAAGCUCAACAGGAUGCUAACAAGGAACAUAAGGCAGAUACGUGUCGUUUCUGUAACAAGGAAGGACACUAUCAGAAAGAUUGCCUGAAACGUAAAGCUUGGUUCGAAAAGAAAGGGAUUCCUUACGAUCCAAACUACAAAUCCAAAUAAGGAUUUCUUGUUCAUGGGAAAUCGUAUGAAGGCUCCAAUUGAAGGCAUAGGGACUUAUCGUUUGAUCAUGGAGACUGGACGUCACCUUGAUCUAUUACAGACUCUUUAUGUACCUUCAGUUUCUAGGAAUUUGAUUUCUCUUUCAAGACUUGAUGUUUCUGGAUUUGAUUUAAAGUUU